AUGGUAUUACAAACUUUAACAGCUUCUAUGACAGGAGCUAAUACCAAUAGAACCGUAAAGAGAGCACAACAAAAGCUACUCUCUCUUCUCGGUUCACUUGGUCCAACCAGUGGUUCACUCACCAAAAAACUAAUGAUUUUAGCUGCUCUUGGUGGUGGUGCAUAUACACUUAUCAAGUUUUAUAAAACUCAAAAAGAUAGUAAAUCACAAAGUGGAUUGGUUGUUCAAAAUAAAGAGAGAUCAGGUGAUCGAAAGAGUACUAGAGUAACAGUGGAUGCAGUGUUUUUCAAGCGUUUAGCAAAAAUCAUUAGAAUCAUCAUUCCAUCGAUCAGAUCAAAGGAGUUCUUGAGUUUGAUGUUCUUGACUGUAUUGCUGUUGGCACGUACCAUGCUUUCAGUUUCGAUUGCAGAGAUUGCCGGUAGAAACGCACAGAACUUGGUUGCCCGUAAAUGGAAGGAAAUGCGUAAUGGUGUACUCAAGUUUGCAUUGAUCUCCAUUCCAGCAUCAUUCGUCAACAGCACACUCAAAUAUGAAACCGACAUGUUGGCAUUGCGUUUCCGUAAGAGACUAUCAGAGUACGUUCAUCGUGAAUACUUGGAAGGUGUAAACUUUUACAAAGCAUCUCAUCUAGGUGGAAAUAAUAGAAUUGAUAAUGCUGAUCAAAGAGUAACAUCUGAUAUUGAAAUGUUUUGUAAUUCAAUGAGUAAUUUAUAUACAACGGUAUUUAAACCAGUGUUGGAUCUGAUACUUUUCACAAGCAAGUUGGUCGGUGUUAUGGGAUGGGGAUCACCAUUGUUGAUGUUUGGUUACUUUAUUAUCUCUGGUUCACUUAAAAAGUUGAUCAUGCCACCAUUUGGUAAGCUCACUGCUAAGCAAUCGGAACUCGAAGGAAACUACCGUACCGUUCAUCAAAGAUUGAUUACCAACGCCGAGGAGAUUGCUUUCUACGAUGGUGCUAGAAAGGAAAGACAAAUCAUUAAUUUAUCAUUUGGUGAUAUUUAUAGACAUACUGGUUAUGUUAGUUAUCUAAGAUGUUUAGUUGGAAUUUUCGAUGGAUUUUUAGUUAAAUAUUGUGCAUCGAUUGUUGGAUAUGGUUGUAUGGCAUUACCAAUUUAUUUAGGUAUUAAAGGUACUGCUGGAAAAGAUUCAACAGAGUUGACCAAGGAUUAUAUUAGAAAUACUCAGCUGAUGAUGGCGUUGGCACAAGCGAUCGGUCAGUUGGUAUUGCUCGGAAACAAGAUUACCAAUAUGGCAGGUUACACUUCGCGUGUCUCAGAGUUGCUCGAAAUGAUAAAGUCACUGAAGGAGCGUGGAUCAUCGACCUUUGUCAUUGUUGAGGACGACGAUAUCAGCAGUCCAGCCAUUCAAUCGAGCAGUGGCACCUCUGAUCAGUAUCUCACCAACGACUCGAACUGGUUGGUCGAGUGGAAGAAACGUUCCGACAAUCUCCGUCAGUUGAAGCGUUCGCUCUCCCAGACCGUUACAAUGCAAUCGGUCACCGGUGGUGGUAGCUUUGUCGAGGGUGAAUUCAUCAAGUUCUCCAAUGUCUCUAUUGUCUCACCGGAGGGUAAGUUGCUCGUCACCGACUUGAACUUUGAGGUCAAGCCACAACAAAACGUAAUGAUCACCGGUCCGAACGGUAGUGGUAAGAGUUCACUCUUCCGUAUCUUGGGUGAAUUGUGGCCAUUGCACUGCGGUACCGUCAUCAAGCCAAGAAAGGAAGACAUUCUCUUUGUUCCACAAAAGCCAUAUCUCGUACUCGGUACAUUGAGAGAUCAAAUCAUCUACCCACACAACGCCGAAGACAUGAAAAAGUUUGGUAUCACCGAUGAUGAUCUCGUUCAUCUCUUAUCAACCGUCGAUCCAAACAACACAAUCAUCAAUCAAUGGGCAUGGGAUGAUGUUAAAGAUUGGUUCACUGCAUUAUCAGGUGGACAAAAACAAAGAAUUGCUAUGGCCCGUUUAUUCUAUCAUAGACCACAAUACGCUAUUCUUGAUGAGUGUACUAGUGCUGUCAGUGAUGAAGUUGAAGGAAAGAUUUAUGAAACAUGUAAAACACUUGGUAUUACAUUAUUCACUGUAUCACAUAGACAACAAUUGCGUGCAUACCAUGAUGAUCAACUUUUGUUUGAUGGUAGAGGUGGAUGGGAAUGGACAAAGAUUGACCACUCUCAAGAUCAUAUCAACAAACCACUCUCUUAUAAAUGA